GUCUAUGUCGCGGACGGCGGAGGCCGUGGAGGGACGAUGCGCGAGUACAAAGUGGUGGUGCUGGGCUCGGGCGGGGUAGGUAAAUCCGCCCUGACCGUGCAGUUCGUGACCGGUACCUUCAUCGAGAAAUACGACCCCACGAUCGAGGACUUCUACCGCAAGGAGAUCGAGGUGGACUCGUCGCCGUCGGUGCUGGAGAUCCUGGACACGGCGGGCACCGAGCAGUUCGCGUCCAUGCGGGACCUGUACAUCAAGAACGGCCAGGGCUUCAUCCUCGUCUACAGCCUGGUCAACCAGCAGAGCUUCCAGGACAUCAAGCCCAUGCGGGAUCAGAUCAUCCGAGUCAAGCGGUAUGAGAAAGUGCCAGUCAUCCUGGUUGGGAACAAAGUGGAUCUAGAGAGCGAGAGAGAAGUGUCCUCCAGUGAAGGCCGAGCCCUGGCUGAAGAGUGGGGCUGCCCCUUCAUGGAGACUUCCGCUAAGAGUAAAACGAUGGUGGACGAACUCUUUGCAGAAAUCGUGAGGCAGAUGAACUAUGCGGCCCAGCCCGACAAAGAUGACCCCUGCUGUUCCGCCUGUAACAUACAAUAGCGUCUGAAUGCGCCUGUCCUGGACAGGGUUGGCCCAGAUCUGUAGGCGACAGGAACCGGACUACUCCGCUGCAGUUGGUAGGAUGCGUGGUGUGAGUCCACGGCGCCCUGCAGCCCUUACUCAGAAACAAGCAGUGACGGCCACUUGGUGUGUCUGAGUACGUCUGGCUCAGUAACCACGGUUGUCACCGUUGUCUCACUAUCAGCAUCUGCAACUCGAAGGCCGUUGUGCUACAGGGUGACCUCACUUGAAAGUGAUGGUGUCAUUGUCACUGAGUUGACAGAAGCAACUCUUGUACAAAGCAAAACUAAUCAUGAGAGAAGCCAGAAGAAUUCCUAUGACCACUUACAGUUAAAAUAUUUUGUCAUCUUAAAAAAAUUAAUAAAGGAGAAAUAUUUUCCUAUGAGAGUGCUGAAUUUCAGGACUUGGGAUAGAGCUUUUAACCAGUGUGGGCAUCAAGAAAAUAGCCUCUGGCCUGCCAACUGCACUGCAGACAGAGAGAGCCCUUGCCCAGCCGACAUGUUUCUGUCUUGCCAAGUUAAUGCUGAAGUGUACGGGCUGUCCUAAUUUGUGACACAAAGCUCACUCCUUGAUAGAGAAAAGUCACCAAGGUUAGAAUUUGUUAAAUCACCUGCUUUGCACAGAAAAACGGAGGCUCUCUAAAGGGUUUGACGUUGGAGUGACAGCCACAAACCCACCUGCUCUUAAGCGAGCAGGGCUGGUCUUUUCUUAUGGAAGACAAAGGGAGCAGCUGAUCGCCUGGCCUUACUAACGAGCACCGUAGUGAUUAACCAGGACCAUCAUGGAAGGAAAACGAAGCCAUGCUGCAGCCACGUUCCCGUUUGCAGAACCUCCCCCCGCAGGACAGGACAAGUCCCUGGCAUUUUCAUGUUCAUUACCAUUAUCAUUUCAUGUCAUGUUCAUGUUCAUUAAACUGGCCGGUUCCUCCCCGCCUUUAAGGGUUAUGGUUGUGGGGUGACACCUUUGACUCACCUGCUUUGGAAAUCCAGUUUGCUGUAGCAGAGCUUUGUCAGGCAUUUCAAAAAAAAAAAAAAGAAAAGAAAGAAUCACCACGUGAAAUAAUUUGGACUUAAAAGUAGAACAUAAAUUAUAGAGUGGAAGGCAAGGGACAAAAAAGCCUUUUAUCUUUAAUUUUCCUGCAGAAUUAUAUAAAGGUUUUCUUUGUAACAAGUUUGCCCUGAUUACUGAAGUGGCAAAUACAGCCAGAGUGGAUAUUUUGUUUUGAAAAGGUGCUCAAGCCCGACAUUUUUGGCUUUCAUAGCCAUGAGCUGGUUAUCGUGUAUGCGACGGCACAGGAGAAACCUGCCGGAAGUUUUGCAAUCAACCGCGAAGGGUUUUUCGCCUCACUUCAGAGCUGUGAGGGCUCAAGAGAUUGUCUUGAGCCCCACCCUCUGGAGAUAAAUUUGGCCUUUGGAACUGCAAUGUCACUGAGCCUGCGAUACACUUCCUGCCCACACCUUGGUUCCACAGUCUUGUGCAAGUAACCUCUGGUCUUACGUGUGUAACUGAGAGAUGAGUGUGUCUGUGUGUGCAUGUGUGUUUAUUGUUCCUAAGACUUUGGCACAAAUCAGAGAUAAUUGCCUAUACUGAGAAUCUAUACUGCAGAAUAUAGUAUAUUAAAAAAAUCAUUCUUUUAAAUUAUUUGACUCGUAUGCCACUGAAAUCCUUGGUAGCCCCUCCCCCAAGUGUUUAGUAACUGGCAUUUAAGUUGAAAGGAUAGAAAACAAAGUCAAUAGUAUUUUUCAUAUAUGAGAAAACUGAAGAAAUAACGUGGAUAAAACCAGGUCUUGGUUGUUAGGAAUUAUUUACAAUCUUCAGUACAAUUUUCCUCAAUUAGGAAGUACCUCAUUUAUAGGACAGAAAGUUCUACCUAGUUUUCAAAUUUCAGUAUGUAAAAGUUGAUUUGGCUCAGAGACAUCAAAGAUUCAACAAGUAUCUUUUAUCUACUGAAGUAGAAAUGUUAGUGAAUUGGUUGAAGUUUGAAACCUUUAAUGUCUCAGAAUAAUUCUGGUUUUUAGAAUUCCAUAAUUGAUAGCAAUUUAUAAAAAAAAAAUAAGACUGCAUUAGCAACAGUGAUGCAGAUCCCUCAGUUUUAUGUCAUGGAUUGCUAUGUGGAUGGGAAACCAUGGGUGAGAUCAUGUGAAGGGUCUGGAAAAGUGUCUAGUAGAAAUGCUUGUCCAAUAGUGAAGUGGGCUUUUCCUGUAGACAUGUUCCUAAGAAGUGACCCAGCGCCAUGACCAGUGUCUCACUGGCCCUUCCGUGGUGGGCAGGCAGCAGGUCACCCAGACUGGAGACCCUUGGAGUCUGCCCUCCUCCAGCAUGGGCCUAACUGCUGAAAAUGAGUGUUUGUUGGGAAUAAAAAGCCCCAGACCAGGAUUCUACUUGCUGGUACCUGACACAGUAGAGGCCGUGGAGGAGAGCUGGAGACCACUGGUUGCUAUUUAUCCAAUGCCCUGAUCAGACUAGUACCAGAUAAGAGAAAGUUCUAACAUGCCUUAAAAAGCUUAUGGUUUGAUCCAAAGACCCAUUUUUUCUUUAGCUAUUAUGAUAAAGUUUUCUUUUGUUUAUUUACAUUGGUGCAAAGCAGCAUUUUUUUUUUUUCUGUCAACAUUGCAACGUUGGGUUGUGUAAACUGUGAUUGUGAUGGGAGCGGAUGCCUUUCAUGUGGUCCCGCUCGCACGCACCAAGCCCGCAUGGGAUCAGAAGUAUGACAGAAGUUCUCCCUACUCCGCUGAAGGCGCUUUGAUGACCUCGUCCUGUGGUUUGUAGAAUUCUGACUGAAUGUUUGAGUUCGUGGCUGUGGCGGCCAUCGCUUUCUGUGGUUAAACUACUGACACUUGCUUUUCCGUGUGAACGGCGUGGCCCCAGGAUGCCUGCUGCGUGUUUCCCGGUGUGGAUGCAUCAGCACCUGUGACUGUGAAAGUGCUUGUUGGGUGUUCUGUCUGCUUGUCUCUCCCUUUUCCGUCUCGAGCAGUGGUCCCGUGUUAGCACUGGUUAAGCUUUAAUUGUCUCCUUAGCCAAUCACAUGUUAAAGACUAUGGGGUCUUCUUGUUUUCUUUAACUGGUCAUCUUGCAUCUAUCCAAAUCUUGAUCAGGGUUUCCAGAAGGACUGCAGUAGGUUUGGAAAACAGACUUAUCAUUAUUGAUUUGGGGCUUCCCAGAGAUCUAGUUCACAGUUAAUUGUUGCGCUCUAAUACAACUGACCAUUGAAAAUUGGACAACAGUUUAUUGUUUGGUAACAAUGUCAGUUGUUAAACCCUGACAUUUCAAUUAAAACACAAAUUGUAGUUAUAACUCAAUGCAAACUCAACAGUUGUAUUUGGAGUUAAAUUAUUUUAACAAAUAAAUUUAUUUAAUGAAA